UUGUAAACAAUCGACGUCACUAACGCAGGAGAAAAUUUUUUAGUACGUCGCGAGUAUAAGGUACAAUAAAUGCAAUAAAAGGGCAGCUGGCGAGGAUUGGAACGCUUGAAAGCAGUCAACCGCAAAGGGGCCAGCAUCCGAGGCAGUGAAUCCGUGGACUUGCGAUUACGGCGAACCAAAGGUGGACAAACCAAGUUUUCAUCCGCACACGGACACGGCGUAGACACACACAGGCGCACGCAGCCCGUGCCCAUCGAUGAAAUAACAUACAUAACGAACGUAUACCGAAAAUACACAAGUUACGGGAAACACGAGUGUCGCAAAUCGACGGAUAAGCGUAAUACGGAGAGCGGAUCGUCCGGGCCACAAAGAUGUCGGACAUUAUGAACAUCGACAGCAUUAUCUCGCGUCUGCUAGAGGUGCGCGGUGCCCGUCCGGGAAAGAAUGUGCAGCUAUCAGAAAGCGAGAUUCGCAGCCUGUGCCUCAAGUCCCGCGAGAUAUUUCUGUCGCAGCCCAUCCUCCUGGAGUUGGAGGCGCCGCUGAAAAUCUGCGGUGACAUACACGGACAAUACUAUGACCUCUUGCGGCUGUUCGAGUACGGCGGCUUUCCGCCGGAGUCGAACUACCUGUUCCUGGGCGACUACGUCGAUCGCGGCAAGCAGUCCCUGGAAACGAUAUGCCUGCUGCUGGCCUACAAGAUCAAGUACUCGGAGAACUUUUUCUUGCUGCGCGGCAACCACGAGUGCGCCAGCAUCAACAGGAUUUACGGGUUCUAUGACGAAUGCAAGCGUCGCUACACCAUCAAGCUGUGGAAAACGUUCACGGACUGCUUCAACUGCCUGCCGGUGGCCGCCAUCGUAGAUGAGAAGAUUUUCUGCUGCCACGGCGGCCUGAGUCCAGAUCUGUCCUCCAUGGAGCAGAUCAGACGCAUCAUGCGUCCCACAGACGUGCCCGAUCAGGGCUUGCUGUGCGAUCUGCUGUGGUCCGAUCCGGAUAAAGACACCAUGGGGUGGGGCGAGAACGAUCGCGGUGUAAGCUUCACAUUCGGAGCUGAGGUUGUGGGUAAAUUUUUACAGAAGCACGAAUUUGACCUGAUCUGUCGGGCCCAUCAGGUGGUAGAGGAUGGCUACGAGUUUUUCGCCAAACGUCAGUUGGUGACGCUCUUCUCGGCGCCCAACUAUUGCGGGGAGUUUGACAAUGCGGGUGCCAUGAUGUCCGUGGACGACACAUUGAUGUGCUCCUUCCAGAUAUUGAAACCCGCCGACAAGCGACGAUUCGUUUAUCCCAACUUUGGCAGCUCAGGACGUCCUUUGACACCGCCACGCGGAGCCAACAAUAAAAACAAGAAAAAAUAAACGCUGCACACCUCAAACAAUGCACAACAACAGCAACUACAAACGGCCACACACCCACACAAAAAUAGGGAAAAUGGAAAGGAGAAUCCGUGUCCACAUCCGACGGAAAGCGCAGAAAGUUUGUUUUUAUCGAAUACGUGUAAUCGAAUCGUGAGCAACGUUAUAUGGGGUAUAUGAAUCUUUACAAAUUAGCCUAUUUUUCAUUUGAAAAAAGAAAAAAAAAUCAAGAAACGGAAAACGAAAUGAAAUGAAAUCAACAAAAACAAAACACAAAUCGAGACACUUUAGUUCAAACUAAUGGUAGUGUAAGACACUGCAUAAGCAAGAAUAUUUUAUCUCCUAAUGUAUUAAUUUUGUUAUAGUUUUUCCUUGCGCAAAGCCCACACAAAUACACACACACAUGCUUAGAUCGACCGUACAGUAGGUACGAACAGUGCACGCACCGGUUGUAUUUUUAUUUGCAUUUUUAUCUCGCACAGCAUUUUAUUUAAGCCUUCUUCGGCGGCACUUUAAAAAGUCUUUGGCAAUGGUCUAAAACCGCUCCUCUGUUCUUCCUCUUUAUUUGCGUGUCUAAAAGAAUAUUAGCAAAUGGUAAAAAUGUUAACUUUUACGUUAAUUAAACUGUACGAGAAUGCUUUUAAAUGUGUGUUGAGCUAACUACAUAUUACAUAUGUAUUCGAAGCACGAUUUAUUUUUGUAAUAUUGUCUUAGAAAUUUUACAUCGAUACAUGUUUACUUAGUUUUAAAGUGAGGAAAGCAAUUUUAGUUGCAAGCUACAUAAGUUUGAAUUGUUUACACCAAAAAUAUUAAAAUAAACAAAUAUUGUGUAUA